UAUUCUGGUAUUGUGUUUGAAAAGAAACUAUUACUAUUUAACGUGUUUAACAAGAACAUUCAAUUGAAAGAACAACGAAACAAUGUGUAUUUAAAUAGCAACAUUAUUCUUGUCUUUUUAUAGUCAUGUCCUUCAGUUUUACCUUUUUAUUUGUGUAAAGCGUCACUUUUAUUGAGACAGAACGCGAUUCAACAAGCUUAUUGAUCACCUUCAGCAUGAAUCCACACAUAUUGUAAAAAGUUAGUUGUGAUUUUAACAGUUCAUGUCUGUAUGUUACAAUUAUACAGAUUGUAUUUUAUAAAAGGAAGAUAAUCUAAAGUCUAGAAUUUCUAAGCAAAGAAGAAAAGUUAAAAUUUAUUAUUAAAAAAAAAAUUGAUCCCAGUCAUUUAAUGGCAGAAAGUGAUUUGGUUUUUAACUAAAUCGUUUCAAUUGUUUUUAUUUAAAGGAGAAAUACUCUGAUCAUGUCAGAAGAAAGCCCUAGUCCGAGUUUUGGUUUGAAUAAGGAGUUCACAUUUAUGAUGAGCCAGCGAGGACGUAGGCUGGUUGUCGUAGAUGAUUACAAAUACUGCAGAAGUGCCAUGUCGAAGAACGGAAUAAGGUAUGCCUGUACAAAGAAGCUAUGCCGUGCAUACUUAUUCAUGGCCCCUGAUGACAAAGCCAUCCUUGAGUUGACGGGCACUCAUCACCAUCCACCUCAUGCUUCGCUCCCUCUGGGAAACAGAAAAAGGGCUUUGGCUGCCCAACCUACCAGCACUGAUUAUAGUUACUGUAAGGAAGAGAAACCUAAACCUUCAGUCGAGAGGAAAAUUCUGCCGAAGAGGAACAUCGUGCCUCCAAAAAGAAUAACCUAUCCUGCUCCUGAUGAUAGGCCAAAAAUGAAACGGAUGUCAGUUGCAGAAAAUAACGUCAGACUGAUGACACUCAUGGCAAUUAAUGAAGCUUGUACCGACCUCUCGAGCGACAACAGUCUGUUUGGAAAAUUCACAGUGUCUGAUGAUGCCAAAGAGUUAAUGGCAGAAUUUAUAUGGAAAAAGAUGGAAAAUUACGCUGAGGAUGUAGAAGCAUUUGCAAACCAUGCUGGUCGAUCAGUAAUAACAACUGAUGACGUUAAGCUUCUCUUCAGAAGAAAUGAACCUCUGUUGGAAAGGUUUAAUGACCUAGAGACUGAUACCACUGUGAUCAAAGAGGAAGAGAUUUCAGGGGACGAGAUUUAUACGGAAUUUUCAUAAUUGGCAAUAUUUCUUAGGUUGUGUUUGGGUUAAGAUUUUUUAAAUAUGUAAAAAUUGUAAAUAUGGAAAUAAUUGUAUAUAUUGAAAGAGUAUUAAUAUAUAAUAU